CGAGAAGAGCCUUGCGGAAGUGGCUUGCUUUCGGCCUGCUUGGUCGCCAUCUUGUUUCUUCGCAUGCGAGAGUGAGAGAGCAAGAAAGAGGAGGCGUUUCCGUUUUCGGAAUGUUUCUGACAAUAGCGCUGCUUCGAAAUAAAAUUCCUGGGAGCCAAUGGAUUGGUAAACACAAAAGACCAAGAUUUGUUUCUGUUCACAUGAAGAACAGAAUGAUCCGGAAGCUGGAAAUAGAAGCUGAAAAUGAAUAUUGGUUGAGCCAACCAUAUAUGACAAAAGAACAGGACUAUGGUCACAACCGAGAAGGUAGGCAAGCAUAUUUUAAAGCGCUUGUGACUGCAGCAAAAUCCAAGUUUCCUGAACACAGGUAUGCUACUGAACAUCUGGGCCAUCUUAAUGUGACCAAGAAAUGGACGAGUUCAUGAAGGACAUACCCAAGCAUUCAGGUGGACCAUUUGGGGCCAGGAACUGACUGGACUAUUUGUAUUUUCUGAAAGUGGCAAUACCCAGUUGUAAUGUGGCCUGUAAAUAAAUGUUUUGCUCUCCA